AUGCGCCAACCUUCUCCUGCCAUGACAACAUUUCCGAGAUCAUUCCUGGCCGCCGUCGUCAAGCAGCUGCUGCGAGGCAAGUCCCUGAUACAGGCCAUUCUGGCCUUCUGGAUCACUCCCCAACCCGUCUCCGGGAAGCCCUCGAGGACACCGUCGGUAGAGUGCUCGAAAUCCGCGGCAGCGCUGUAUCCGAGGACGAUCGACGACUUCUUGGAGGAGGCCGAGGACCUGUUCCUGGGCCCUCUGGCCGGCAAUGGACUCCUCGAGCUGUCCGACGCCCUGAAGGCCCAGUUCAGGGACAAGCUGCAGACCAGCAUGGCUUGCAUGCUUCCCUCGUACAACCAUCAGCUGCCCGGCGGACACGAGGUCGGUCAGUAUCUGGCCCUGGAUGUGGGGGGAUCGACCCUGCGCGUAGCACUGGUGGAAUUGCGGGGCCGCGAUGCCAAGGGCCGUGAGAGCGAGAUCGUCCGCCUGAGCUCUUUCGUGAUCGAUGCGGACAUCAGAAACCUCGAGGGCAUGGCCUUCUUCGACUGGAUGGCGGAUAGGGUAUUGGAAACCAUUUGCAAAGACGGAGAGGACCCCUCACGACCCAUGCCCAUGGCCGUGUCGUGGAGUUUCCCCAUCGAACAAACAUCAGCAAAGGGUGGCCGCAUCCACGGUAUGGGCAAGGGCUUCCUCGCUGCCGAAGGCCUCAUGGGCCAGGACCUCGGCGAGGUCAUCGAGACCGCCUGUACAUCCAAAGGCAUGAACGCCGUCCUCAAGAUCAUCGUCAACGACGGCGGCGCCACGCUCUUGUCUCAGGCGUACAUCCACCCGGCCACGCGCUUCGGCCUCAUCCUCGGCACCGGCGUCAACAUCGCCGCGCACAUGCCCGUCUCCUCCGUGGGAAAACCGAAGUUCGGCAACCGUCCGGCGGAAUGGUGGGACCAGGCACGCGACGUCAUCGUCAACACGGAGCUCGGCAUGUUCGGGCAGGGCGUCCUGAGCGUGACGCGCUGGGACAGGUCGCUGAAGCAGGGCCACCCGAGGCCGGACUUCCAGCCCCUGGAGCAGAUGGUCAGCGGCAUGUACCUGGGUGAGAUGGUGAGGUUUGCCCUGAUCGAGGCGAUUCAGACCACGGGUGUCUUUGGCGGCGUUGUGCCCAAGUCACUUGAUGAGCCGUAUUCUCUGAAGGCGGAGACGAUAUCAGCCAUUCAAGGCGAUACGUCACCCCAAUCCGCGUCGUCAAUCGACCUCUUCGUCUCUCGCCACCCGUCAUCUCACACCCCGACCUCGUCCGACGUAUCAGCCCUCCGCGACCUGGCGUCCUUCGUCUCGAGGAGGUCAGCAGCCAUCAUCGCCGCCUGCCUGCACGCCAUCUGGGCCUUGCGGCUCGAGGCGUUGAACGAAGAGGAAGAGGACUAUGCCGGUCGGGAGAGGUUGGAGCAGGAGUCCGGGCUGGUGAGGACAAUGGUGGCGUACAACGGCAGCGUCAUCGAGCAUUACCCGGGGUACCUGAAGAUGCUCCAGGGGUACGUGGAUAGGUUGGUCGGCAGAGAGGAUAGGAGUAUCGACCUCGUACCGGCGAAGGAGAGCUCGUUGUUAGGGGCCGGCGUGGCCUUGGCAACUAUUGAUGCUGCGUGA